ACAACGAACUUGUGUCAUUUUUUCUGGCACACUUCCCUAACACAGACAUCAGAUUGGACUAGGUUUAAUCGCGUUCGUAUGAAAUCUGUUGGCACGAGGGGCUUUGUCACUCUCUCUGGCGUACUUCCCAAGCAAGGACAUCAAAAUGGUCUAGGUUGAACCGCGGUGUUGAGAAAUCUUGUUGAAAUGAGGAAGCUUUGUCACUUGUUUUGGCUUACUUCCCAAGCACAGGUAUCAAAUUGGUAUAGGUUUAGAUCAUCGUAAAGAAUCUUCCAACCAAUCACGAAGCGAGAAUUCUGGUAAAACAUAGGUUCAUUAUUUUCAAUUUUUCAAUAGUUCAACAUCAAGAAUCCAUACUUUUCUUCAUUUGGGCCAAUUCUUAGAAGAUCUUCCGAUCGCUUGGUGUAAGAAAAAUGAAAAUCGAUCUGAAAACCGCUGAGCUAUUAGCGCUCAAAACCUUUCAUUUUUCGUGACGCUCGCAUUUUUUGAUUUUUUGGAAUGACACCCUAUCUCAAAACUUGCCGUAAGACGUAGUCCUACGUCAAAAACCGGCGUCUUCGCUCUCAGGUCUUCGCGACUCUCUCUCAGAUGUCAGAUAACGAGAACGACUGGCUGCAGUUGACAGUUCGAACUACAGACGGUAGAUAAUCUACAGACGCGCAAACAUAAACGCGUGGCAUAAAACACCAAUCGAACCGUCAAAUCGAGACACCAAAUGAGCAAAGUAAACAAACUUGUAUUUCGUAUAAGCAGGGAAGACUAAGUUUUGUAAUCUACCAGGGAUGUUAAAACUUUAACUAUUGAUUUACUAAAAACAUGGAUUAGUUACCUUCGAUAUAUCAUAUAAUGCUUUAAAAAAUUCAAUUGGCUUGUUCACUUUGCAAAAUAUGCGUCGUAAUUCGCGAAGUUCCAUGGAACAUACCAGGUUUAUCCCUUUAAGCUUUAAGUAUCCCUGUUUAUACAGGUUGCGUUGUUACUUGUUGAAUAUGUUUUGGAAUCCGGAUCACUCGGACGACGAUGAUGUCGUACAAGAAUUCAGCUUUAGUGGCCGAGAGGGGAUUUUGUUGUUGAUUGAUAGUGCAGAUUAUAUGUUUUCUGAAAAACCAGGUAGAUUUAAUAACUUCAGGGAAUCGUUAGAAAUAGUGGAGGCUAUCAUCAGAAAUAAGGUGAUUAAUAGCGAGAAUGAUUUGAUCGGAAUUGUGUUUUACAAUACAAAACAUAGUCCAUUGCCUAUAGAUGAGAAUGAUGUUGAUACUGGACUGGUGGUUCCAAAAAACACUUCGCUUUUUAUGUCACUAGCUUUUCCAUCCGCAGAAUCAAUUAAAAGAAUAAUCAGCUUGCGGGAGUCUGAAAAUCUUUUAGGUUUUGAACAGAAAUAUGGACAUGCGCAAGGGAGUAAUAUGUCGGAUGUGUUGUGGUUUUGUUCCCGUUUGCUUACCAGAUGCGGCUAUAAGUUGGAACAAUCAAGCAUAGUCCUGUUUACUUCGAACGAUGAGCCACAUGCAGCUGGUAGUUAUGAAUACCAACAAACCUUCAUUAAGGCUAAAGAUUUGCAACAGCUUGACGUUAACGUAGUUCUCGUUCCGUUAUCCAGCGAUUUUAAUGGCGAUGCAUUCUAUCAGGAAUUUUUGUGUACAGUUGCAAACGAAUGUCCGGAUGAGUUUCAUUUCCCCUGUUAUCAAGAUUCUCGGGAACGAUUAAUGAACAGAAUUUUUCGACGCGAUUUUAGAAAAAAGACUUUGUCACACAUAAAAUUCUAUUUAUCAGAAACGGUUCAGCUGGGUAUAAAUAUAUAUUCAGUUUCAAGAAAAACACGCUAUCCAAAAAAGGUCACACUUUUAAGAGAUACAAAUGAAUUACUUGAAUCAAAGAGGUUCUAUCAAACCAUAUCUGAGGAUGAAGAGCGCAGCGUAGGUUGUAAAUCGAUUUUACCAGGUCAUCAAAGAAAAUCUUUAAAUAUAGGGGAUGUUAAAGUUCUAUUCACUGUCGAUGAAAUCGUAAACAUUAAACAAAUUUUCCCGCCUGGACUACGAUUACUGGGAUUUAAACCUCUUUCAAAGGUUUCACCUUUAAAUCAUAUACGCAGUUCGUUGUUUAUGUAUCCAGAUGAAAAUAACAUAGAUGGUUCUAGCGUAUUAUUCAGGGCUCUUCAUGAAAAAUGUCUGAAGAAGCAAAAAGCGGCUUACUGUAUGCUAACGAUGCGUCGUAAACAGCAGUCCAAGUUUAUCCCUUUAAGCUUUAAGUAUCCCUGUUUAUACAGGUUGCGUUGUUACUUGUUGAAUAUGUUUUGGAAUCCGGAUCACUCGGACGACGAUGAUGUCGUACAAGAAUUCAGCUUUAGUGGCCGAGAGGGGAUUUUGUUGUUGAUUGAUAGUGCAGAUUAUAUGUUUUCUGAAAAACCAGGUAGAUUUAAUAACUUCAGGGAAUCGUUAGAAAUAGUGGAGGCUAUCAUCAGAAAUAAGGUGAUUAAUAGCGAGAAUGAUUUGAUCGGAAUUGUGUUUUACAAUACAAAACAUAGUCCAUUGCCUAUAGAUGAGAAUGAUGUUGAUACUGGACUGGUGGUUCCAAAAAACACUUCGCUUUUUAUGUCACUAGCUUUUCCAUCCGCAGAAUCAAUUAAAAGAAUAAUCAGCUUGCGGGAGUCUGAAAAUCUUUUAGGUUUUGAACAGAAAUAUGGACAUGCGCAAGGGAGUAAUAUGUCGGAUGUGUUGUGGUUUUGUUCCCGUUUGCUUACCAGAUGCGGCUAUAAGUUGGAACAAUCAAGCAUAGUCCUGUUUACUUCGAACGAUGAGCCACAUGCAGCUGGUAGUUAUGAAUACCAACAAACCUUCAUUAAGGCUAAAGAUUUGCAACAGCUUGACGUUAACGUAGUUCUCGUUCCGUUAUCCAGCGAUUUUAAUGGCGAUGCAUUCUAUCAGGAAUUUUUGUGUACAGUUGCAAACGAAUGUCCGGAUGAGUUUCAUUUCCCCUGUUAUCAAGAUUCUCGGGAACGAUUAAUGAACAGAAUUUUUCGACGCGAUUUUAGAAAAAAGACUUUGUCACACAUAAAAUUCUAUUUAUCAGAAACGGUUCAGCUGGGUAUAAAUAUAUAUUCAGUUUCAAGAAAAACACGCUAUCCAAAAAAGGUCACACUUUUAAGAGAUACAAAUGAAUUACUUGAAUCAAAGAGGUUCUAUCAAACCAUAUCUGAGGAUGAAGAGCGCAGCGUAGGUUGUAAAUCGAUUUUACCAGGUCAUCAAAGAAAAUCUUUAAAUAUAGGGGAUGUUAAAGUUCUAUUCACUGUCGAUGAAAUCGUAAACAUUAAACAAAUUUUCCCGCCUGGACUACGAUUACUGGGAUUUAAACCUCUUUCAAAGGUUUCACCUUUAAAUCAUAUACGCAGUUCGUUGUUUAUGUAUCCAGAUGAAAAUAACAUAGAUGGUUCUAGCGUAUUAUUCAGGGCUCUUCAUGAAAAAUGUCUGAAGAAGCAAAAAGCGGCUUACUGUAUGCUAACGAUGCGUCGUAAACAGCAGUCCAAGCUAGGAACGCGGUAUUGAAGUACAGUAUCGAUUUGCUUUUGGAAACAAACCUGGAAUAUUACCUGGAAUGUACUCUAAAUAUGAAAAACUUAUUUUUAAAUGCUCUACAACUCUGCACUCGAUAGAGAUAGAAAUGUCAUUUCUUUAGCAAAAUUGUUUAUCUUUAUAUUUUCUAUAACUUUGCCGAAGAAAUCAUGUGUCUAUCUACGAACACAAAAGCCUUUCGCGAACGCGAAACAUAAAACGUAUGCUUGCCGUACUCUAAUUUGGGUGGUUGGGGACAAGCGGAAUCCGUACAAGUUUAUAGUACUAACUUAAGCUUUAAGAUGAAGCACUGAUUUCAUAAAUCCACUUGCCCCAUUUUACCCCAUAGGCUCGUGAAGCUAUGGAAAUUUUAAGCUUGAAUAUGCGCUAACUCAGCAAGUAAAGGUCCAAGAGAUUUGCGGUCUUCUGCAAUAACGUGUAUUUUGAGAGCUUCGAUAAUUGCCUAGAACAUUGUAUUCUUGUAAAAUGCAACUAACAAAAGCUAAGUAUGAAAAACCAAUUUUUAAAGAAAUUUUAAAGAAUAUGGCCUAUAGUUCAGCACUCGAUAAAGAUAGAAAUUUUAUUUAUUCAGCAAAGUUGCUUGUUUUUACUUACUUAACUUUGGCGAAGAAAAUAUGUCUAUAUUUCUUAACACAAAAAAGUUAUUUUUUAUUUUCAUUAUAGUAAGCGAUGACUAACCUUUGACAGUUUUAGAUUAAGGGGGAUAUUGAUACGAACAAAAAAGCUGAAGACCAUAAAUGAUAAAAUGGAAACAAGAGACACUAGGAAAAAAGUUCCACUUUUCGCCCUUUUGGACUACUGUGCGUUGGUCUCCUGGAUCCAGUUGAAGAUUACCUUACAGAAUACUUCGAGACUAAUGCAUAACAACGUGAUGCCACGCCAGUUAAGCUAGGUCUCCUUUUUUACUUACUUACUUAAUUGGCCUAACGUCUUAUGACAAGGCCUGCGCAGUA